CGCUAGUUGUUGCCUUCCGGAAUAAUAACACAGUGACACCCUGUGACUUAAAGAGGGAAAACGAAGAGUAUGGCCGGAGCAAAGUCAGCCCUGGUUCUCUGCAUGGAUGUGGGCUUCUCCAUGUCCAACUCAGCCCCUGGUGAAGAGCCUCCAUUUGCACAGGCGAAAAAAGUCAUCCAGAAGUUUGUCCAGCGCCAGGUUUUUGCAGAGACCAAGGAUGAACUGGCUUUGGUUCUGUUUGGCACGGAUUCCACCAAAAACUCUUUGGACCAGGAUGGGCAAUACCAGAACAUUACAGUGCAUCGUCAUCUUAUGGUGCCAGACUUUGAGCUGCUGGAGGAGAUUGAACAUCAGAUCCACCCUGAGAAUCAGCAGGCUGACUGGCUGGAUGCUCUUGUAGUUUCCAUGGAUCUUCUCCAGACAGAAACCAAGGGGAAGAAGUGUGAUCGCUUAAACAUUGUUCUCCUGACUGACCUGAACACGGAAGCCAGUUCAGACAAGCUGGAUGUUAUUAUUGAGAACUUGAAACAAGCUGGAAUCACCCUGCAGUUCUUUUUGCCUUUCCCAGUGGAGGAUGAAGAAGAGGGUGAAGGAGAUGAGGACCGAACGGGUUCCGGUGACCCUGGUAGGGGCAAAGGUCUCUCCAGGGAACAGCGAAGUGGCCUGGAAAUGGUUAAAAACAUCAUGCUGAGUCUGGACGAGGAGGAGGGCCUGGAAGAAAUUUACACAUUCAGGAAUGCUGUGGAGCAGCUGUGUAUGUUUAAACGCAUUGAGAGGAGACCCAUGGCCUGGCCCUGUCAGCUCACCAUCGGUAGCUCUCUGUCCAUCCGUAUUGUUGGCUACAAAGCAGUGACUGAGGAGAAACUGAAGAAAAUGUGGAUCACAGUCGAUGCUCAAACCAACCAGAGAGAUGAUGUGAAGAGAGAGACUGUUUUCUGUCUGGACGAUGACAAUGAGACAGAGGUGCAGAAGGAAGACAUUAUUCAGGGUUUUCGUUACGGAAGUGAUAUUGUGCCUUUCUCCAAAGUGGAUCAGGAUCAGAUGAAAUACAAGCAUGAUGGGAAGUGCUUUGCUGUCCUGGGCUUCACUAAAAAGAACUUGGUUCUUCGCCAUCAGUUCAUGGGAACACAAAUUGUCAAGAUAUUUCCUGCACGGGAUGAUGAGCAUGCAGGCGUGGCCAUGUCGGCUCUGAUCCGUGGUCUGGAUGAGCUCAACAUGGUUGCCAUCGUUCGUUAUGCCUACGACCGGCGCAGCAAUCCUCAAGUGGGCGCUGCAUUCCCGUGUAUCAAGCCUGAUUAUGAGUGCCUCUUAUAUGUUCAGCUGCCCUUCAUGGAAGAUCUUUAUGGAAGACAGUUUACAUUUCCUUCUCUUGAGAACAACAAGAAGAUUGCUCCAUCAGAGACGCAGCUGUCAGCCAUCGACUCUCUUAUCGAUUCGAUGAUGCUUGUAACAGAAGACGAAGAUUUGCUCAAACCUCACCAUCUUCCCAACCCUGCUUUCCAGAGACACUUCCAGUGUCUGCACCACAGGGCUGUACACGCUGACUCUCCUCUUCCCCCCAUGGAGCCGUGGCUGGAGGCUGCUCUCGAUCGCCCUGAGGUCAUCCAGGAACGCUGCCAAGCUCCACUGCAGGAGAUAAAGAAGUUGUUUCCACUCACCGAAGUAGAGAAGAAAAAGAAGCUGAAGACAAGCGCUCAGAUUUUUGGCAAAGACUCUGAGGAACCAGAUGCCAAAAAAGCAAAAGAAGACGAAGAGGAGGAUGAGUAUAACCUGGCAAACAUUGCUGAAGGAUCUGUUACUUCUGUGGGAAGUGUAGAUCCAGCCCGGGACUUCCGCGCUCUGAUCAAACAGAAAACUCUUUCGUUCGGAGAAGUCUGUCAGCAAUUGACUCACAGGAUAGAGCAGCUGCUUAGCAACAAGAACACGCACUACUACAUGAAAAGCAUCACCUGUAUCCAGGCUUUCAGAGAGCAGUCUGUAAAGCAGGGGAAUGCUGAUCUGUUCAACAGUUACCUUCAGUCCCUGAAAAGGAGUAUUCCCAGCAGAGGCCUCGAGGUCUUCUGGGACCUGCUUGUUCAAGACGCUGUGACUUUGAUCAGCAAGGACAAGGUUGAAGGAAGCGCCGUGUCGAAAAGUGAAGCCUCUCAGUUUCUUUUGGCUGAGGAAAAGAAAGAACAAGUUGCUCCUGAACCUGUGGAAGACACUGGCGAUGUUGAUGACUUGCUGGACAUGAUGUAAGAAAAGAAGCAGGAGGAGUGUUGGCAGAAAUCUAAGGAAUGUGGUGUUUGAACCCCACCCUAAACAAACUAGUUAAACCGUCCUUUGUCCUGUUCCUUCCACUGGAGAUCCCCAUCACUGGGUGUAUUUUAGUUAGCUGUACUUCAUUAAACAAUUGACCAAACAACUUACAGAAAACUGCUUAGAUCAAAAACUUUGUGUUCACUUUUAAAUGUAAAAUCACUAUCAUUGUAUGAGUCUUUUGUAAUUUAUUUUCCAAUGAUCUAGUGUACUAAAAACUAUAACAUUCGGAGUACUACAGGUUUAUUAUGUGAAAUCAGUGAUUUAUAAUAUGCUUAACAGUAGAGCUUGUGUUUUUUUGGGUGACAAAAUAUAUUAAAACUUGAUGCUUUGUGAUAAUAAUUGCAAAUUGUAGAACGCACAAGUAAUAAACAAAUAUUUUCUUAAAAUAA